AUGGCAUCCUCGACAUCGUCCACGCCGCUCGACUAUGCGGCCUUCCUUUCGUCCUCGGCUCGCAACCGUAUGCCGUCCGCGAUCCGCUCCCUCUUCCCCGCCGAGCUCAUCCCGGGCAUGGUCUCGCUUCUCUCCGGCAAACCCAAUUCCGAAACUUUCCCCUUCCAACGCAUCACACUCGAACUAAAACCGUCCAACCACCCCGCUGGCGAAACGGAGACCGUUUCCAUCGAAGGACCCGACCUCGACAUCGCACUUCAGUACUCGGCCACUAGCGGUCUUCCCAAGCUCGUCGAGUGGAUCAUCGAUUUCCAGUCCAAGGUUCACUCGCGAGCGCGCGUCCAGGAGGCCUCGCAACCGGGCCAGGUGUGGAGGUGUUCGUUCGGAAAUGGUUCGCAGGAUCUGCUGACAAAGACGUUCGAAGCCUUGAUCGAUGCUGGCGACUCGGUCGUUCUCGAAUCGCCGGCAUACUCGGGGAUCCUGCCGAGCCUGGUGGCCCACAAGGCGAAGAUGUUCGAAGCCGAGACUGAUGCUGAAGGUGUCGAACCAAAAGCGCUAGAUGCCUUGCUCUCCAAUUGGAAGAGUGAUCCGGCUACGCGGGAUUCACCUUUCCCGAAAUUCCUCUACACGACUCCUACCGGUGCCAAUCCUUCCGGAACAUCCGCCUCGGACGACCGGAAAUGCUCCAUCCUCCAGAUUGUCCGCAAACACAAUCUGUUGCUGCUCGAAGACGAUCCGUACUACUUUCUCAGUUUUCAAGGUCUCGAACCGGGUGCAGAUGCGGUGACGAGGACUAGAGGUAAGAGCUACUUCCAGCUGGAAGCGCAGGAUGGCGGCGGAGUGGGGAGGGUGAUUCGUUUCGAUAGCUUCAGUAAGAUCCUCAGUGCAGGAUUGAGGUUGGGAUUCGUGACCGGUCCGAAGGAGAUCUUGGAUGCCAUCGACUUGGAUACGAGCAGUAGGAAUCUGCAGACCAGCGGAACGAGUCAGGCGAUCGCCUACGCACUGUUGAACAAGUGGGGCGUGGAAGGGUUCCUCAAGCACGCGGACAACGUCGCUCGCUUCUACCAGGAUCGUCUGCAACACUUCGAAUCCUCCGCCACGCGCAUCCUCACCGCCUCCCCCUCCAUCGCAUCCUGGACCACUCCCACAGCAGGAAUGUUCCUCUGGAUCAAACUCAACCUUCCCCCCACCACCGACUCCCCGGACGGCGACUCGUUCGACCUCAUCAGCACCAAAGCCAAAGCCGCCGGCGUACUCGCCCUCCCCGGAGUAGCUUUCAAACCUCCUUCCCGCGCUGCUGAGAGGAAGACGAGCGCGUACGUACGCACAUCUUUCAGCCAGGUUCCGCUCGAUCAGGUCGACACGGCGUUCACCAGAUUGCGCGGCGUAGUCGAGGAAGCUUGGCGUGAAGCUGGAAGGGAGAUCCCCACCUAG